UGGUAUUUUGAUAUAACAUUAAUUCUUCUAGUUCAUGAACAUGGUUAAUCUUUCUGUCAUGGCAAAUAUUUCCAUCUAUUUUUAUAAUGUUCAACUUUUUUCAUCUAGUGCCUUAUAUUGUCUCAGUACAUGUCUUUUUCUUCCUGGGUAUUUUAUUGCUUUAGAUGAAAAGUUUUUUUAGUUUCUUAAUGAUAUUCAUUUCUUAAUUUCCUUUUCUGACAGUUCAUUGCUAUAUAUAGAAAUUCAUUGAUUUUUGUAUAUUAAUUUUGUAUCUUACACCCUUUGCUGAAUUCAUUGAUGAGCUUUAGUAGUUUUGGUGGCAUCUUUAAAGUAUCCUAUGUAUAAUAUCCUGUCGUCUACAAUUAGUGACAGUUUUACUUCUUCCUUUCCAAUUUUGAUUCCUAUUAUUUAUUUUCUGAUGGCUGUGACUAGACUUCCAAUAAUAUGUGGAAUAAAAGUGGCAGUGUUACUGAAUUACAAGCCUGUGAGCCCAACACACAAUGAGGUCAAUCAAUACUAAAACACUAGAUUUGGAACAGAGAAAGGUUUACUGCAAGUUCAUACAAGGAGAUGGGUGGCUCAUGCCCUAAGAACCCCGAAAUGAUUGAAAGCUUUCAGCAAGCCCCUUUAAAGGCAAAAGGUGAGGGAGGGGUGUGGAGUUGUUGCAGACUUCUUAGUGUCAGAUCCUUUGUUCUUGAGGUCAGGUCAUAGUCAGUUAAUAAUAUUCCUGUAAAACUCUACCAAAUGAAUGUUAUUCUCUGUCCUGACAAAAAAGGCAAGGUCCUAAGGCACAACUUUCACCCUCAAAGGUCCAAGUCCUGGCUAAGAGGAGGCAGAUCUCAGUGGGCAGCUCCUUCAGGGCCAGGUUCCUACACCCCACUCAGCUGUCAUCCCUGAGGGAGCCAGGGACCCAACCCAACUGGCCCCCAGUCUCCUCAGGCUGUCCAGAUUGGGGGGACCAGGUCUUACAGAUGCAGCCCAGGCAAAUGACUACUGCUGUGAUGUCGCAGAGAUAGGGAUGGGGGAGAGGCUCACUGCUGCCUCAAGGCCUGGGCCAAGGCUAGUAGAGGGCCUUAGUAAGGGCUUGGAGCCUGCAGGAUGUAGUCCCCGGUCUUUUCCCUGGGUCCUUCAGCUCACCCACUGGAUCAAGGCUGGGUGAGUUAGUGGGCCUCUAGGAGAAGGCCUGAGUCUGCCUCCACCUGCUGACUACCACACCACUCACCCCUGGCUGAAUCACUACCCUAAUGGUCCCCUAUUGGCAGUUAUUUCUGGGUAGGGCCCACUGCAGCACCGACCAAUAGCUGAGCAGGACAACCAUGGUCACUCAUUGACUGUUGGUUGCUUGUGGGUAGGACUCACUGAGGCACUGACCAAUGGCUGAGCAAGAUCCAUUGCCUAGUAACAGCAUACAGAAUAAUGAGGCACACUAAUGGCUGUCUGCUAAGGGCUAUGCUCAUCCUGCUCUGUUACAACAAGAGGUUCAUCUGUGUCCCUGCACCAGGCUCCUCACCUACAAUCCAUUAAAGGAGACUCCUCAGCUGGGGGAGAUUGAGGAGAGGAGAUCCUACAGGCACAGUCCCUGAAGCUACCACCCUCACUCUCUGCCACCUUCUUUGUGUCAGACUUGAUAAAAUGUCUUUCUUCUCGUCAUGGAUCAAAGCUAUUUUAAUCAUUGGCUUGGCAUUUCCUCUUUAUUGUGAAACUUCUUUUGCAUCUUCAAGAAAAACACGUGACAUGCGUGGCGCUCCAGUGUGUGGUAUAUAUGUUGGUCAAUUACAUUUUUGUACCAGAGAAAUGGAUCCAAUCUGUGCAACAAAUGGCAAAACAUACUCCAAUAAAUGCGUUUUCUGCAGUGAAAAAAUAGAAAAGGGAAGAUUUGAUUUUAGUCAUUGGGGUCGUUGCUGACUCUGCCUCAGCCACACAUUCCUAUGGCUUUUAUUGCAAUCCUAUUUUGCUAUGGAUUCUACAACCAAUUAGUCUUCUAAAACAGGGCUUUAAAUUCCUAGAUGACCAGACUAAGCCUUCAGUAGUACACAAGACAAGAAUGUAGAUUGUUGGAGAAUUUUUCCAACUCUAAGAACCCACCAAUGAAAAAGAUUCCUUUUUUUCUUUCUUCAAAUAAACAUUGACAAUUGAAAACCUA